AUGAUCCCUUCUGAAGAAAAACAAUAUUUCGGUUGUGAUACACCUUGCAAGUCUGAUGAGGAUUAUGAAGUUCAAAGCGAUUGGUUUACAUCUGAGUUUUUAAAUGAUAUUACAUGUUCCGGGAUACCCAAUCAUCGCUUAACUUUGAAAGUUGGCGUGCCUGUUAUGUUGUUGCGCAAUAUUGAUCAAGCUAACGGACUUUGCAAUGGUACAAAACUGCAAGUUAGGGACUCGGGGAAAAACAUUAUAAAAGCUUCAAUUAUAGAUGGAAAACAUGCUCGUGAAAUGGUAUUUCUUCCAAGGAUGGACUUAGUACCAACUGAUUCUGGGCUUCCUUUCAAGUUUUCUCGCCGUCAAUUUCUUAUAUGCUUAUUUUUUGCUAUGACAAUUAAUAAAAGCCAAGGACAAUCAAUGUCCAAGGUUGGAUUGUACUUACCUCGGCGAGUCUUUACACAUGGUCAACUUUAUGUAGCUAUUUCAAAAGUGACAACCAAAAGAGGCUUAAAGGUCCUUAUAUUAGACGAAGAUGGGAAGCCUUCCAGCACCACUCUAAAUGUGGUAUAUCCUGAGAUCUUUGAAUGUUUGUAG